UUAAAUGGUUGGCAAAAGUAAAAAGAAACGCAAUAGCAAAGAUUCCACAUCCAGUAAUGCUGGCAGUGGAGAGGGUGAGGAGAAAAAGAAGAAAGAGGGCGGCGGAGGUGGUAAGAAAAAAGGAGGCGUGGGCAAGUCCAUUGGAUGUGAUAUUUUUAACGAUGCUGCCAUGGAAAAUGCCUACUAUGUGUGCCAUAAUGUUCAGGACGUCUUAAAAUCACGUGGCUUUGCUUGGCCAGAUGGCCAAAAGAAGAAAAAGAAGGGGAAACGUUAAAUUAAUGAAAAUUUAAAUAAUUUGCCAAUUAUUUUUUUACUUUUCAUGUUAAACUACAAACAAUCCAGAGAUUCCAAAAAAGGAAACUUGACUUUUAUAGUAAUAAAAACCUACGCAGUCUUUUUUUUUGUUUUAGCCAGAAAAUAUUCUGUUUAAACAUAACUUCAUCCGAAAAUUCUAG